AGACUUUUAGACCCCCAUUUCCAGUUUCUCUCUUUCCGCAGUUCGUUCGUUCGUUCGUUCUUUCUUGGUGGUUCUCUGUUAGCGCCCCUACUGUUUUGCUUUUAUCAGCUUGUUGUUGAUGUAUUUGUUUUUGUAACGAGAGUGAAGUUCAAUAAUGGCUUCCAAAGCGCUUUUGAGGAGGAGAAGGUUUGUUUCUGAUUACUUAAACGCCUCUUACCGGUCAAUCCAAAGUUUCCAGAUCCUCGGGCAUGAGAAUACUUUUCAGAAUUUGGAGUCACCAGCUCCCCAUCCCAAUAUAGAAUCUGCUUGUACAAAUGUUAAUCACAUAAGCGCUCCAAAUGGAACUUCAGUGACUAAAGGGAAGUUAUGGGAAUUAUCAGGAAUAGGACAAUUUACUACAAGAUACUAUGGAAGUAUGGCUUUGGGUUUCGGAAAUGGAAGAUCCGAAUAUACCUCUCCUUUGGGGAUUAGAUGGAUAUCUCAGUCUAUUCGCAAUGCUUCUACCGCUGCUGCUAAGCAGCAGGUAUUAGGCAGUGACAACGAGGAAAAUGAAGAAUUGGUUAGUAAGAAAAGGAAAGAAGCAUCUCCGGAGGAAUGUGAUCAAGCUGUUGAAGGUUUAAGUACAGCAAAAGCCAAAGCAAAGGCCAAAAGGUUGCAAGAACAAAAAGUUGCUAACUCCAUUUUGCGCAGAGUAUGGACCACAUUUUUAGGAAUUGGUCCUGCCUUGAAAGCCGUAGCUUCUAUGAGCAAGGAGGACUGGGCGAAGAAGCUUAUUCAUUGGAAAGAGGAAUUUGUAUCGACCUUGCAACAUUAUUGGUUAGGUUGUAAGCUGCUAUGGGCAGAUGUGAGGAUCUGUUCAAGAUUGUUGUUAAAACUUGCUGAUGGGAAGAGUCUCUCUAGAAGGGAAAGGCAACAACUAACACGAACCACUGUUGAUAUUUUUAGGCUAGUUCCUUUUGCAGUUUUUAUCAUUGUACCAUUUAUGGAAUUUCUGCUUCCAGUAUUCCUGAAAUUGUUCCCCAAUAUGCUGCCAUCAACGUUUAAAGACAAGAUGAAAGAGCAGGAAGCAUUGAAAAGAAGACUCAACGCAAGGAUAGAAUAUGCUAAGUUCCUCCAAGACACCGCCAAAGAAAUGGCCAAGGAAGUUCAAAACUCAAGAAGUGGAGAAAUAAAAAGAACAGCAAAAGAUCUUGAUGAAUUCUUGAACAAAGUUCGAAAGGGUGGUCGAGUUUCAAAUGAGGAAAUUUUGGGCUUUGCGAAGUUGUUUAAUGAUGAACUUACCUUAGAUAAUAUUAGCAGGCCUCGACUAGUCAAUAUGUGCAAAUAUAUGGGAAUCAGCCCUUUUGGAACGGACGCUUAUCUAAGAUAUAUGCUACGGAAAAGGCUUCAAAGCAUUAAAGCCGAUGAUAAAUUAAUCCAAGCUGAAGGUGUGGAGUCUCUAUCAGAAGCUGAACUUCGUGAAGAUUGUAGAGAACGAGGCAUGCUUGGAUUGCUCUCGGUUGAAGAAAUGCGCCAGCAGCUUCGUGAUUGGUUGGAUUUGUCUCUGAAUCAUUCUGUACCAUCUUCACUUUUGAUCCUUUCCAGGGCCUUCACUGUAUCGGGAAAGUUGAGGCCAGAGGAAGCUGUUCAAGCUACAUUAUCUUCUCUUCCAGAUGAGGUUGUGGGAACUGUUGGUGUUACCGCAUUGCCCUCUGAAGACUCUGUAUCUGAAAGGAGGAGGAAACUGGAGUACCUUGAGAUGCAGGAAGAACUUAUCAAGGAGGAAGAAGAGAGGGAGGAAGAAGAGCAAGCGAGAAUAAAGGAAUCUGAGGGUAGCCGAGAGGAUGUGGCAUUGAAAGAGAUGUCUAUUCCAACUGCAAGAGAGGCACAAGAGCAAGCCAGAGCAAGAGCAUUGGAAAAGCAAGAGCAAUUAUGUGAACUCAGUCAUGCACUGGCUGUUUUAGCUUCUGCAUCUUCGGUGAGUAGGGAACGUGAAGAAUUCCUGAGGCUUGUAAAUAAGGAGAUCGAACUUUAUCAUAGCAUAGUGGACAAGGAGGGUAUGGAUGGAGAGAAAAAUGCCAUUAAGGCAUAUAGAGCUGCCCGAGAAGAAACUGAGAAUGCUAGUGAGGUAGCUGAAGGUGAUGAAGUUUCAUCAGCACUGAUAGACAGAGUCGAUGCUAUGCUUCAAAAUCUUGAAAAGGAAAUCGACGAUGUAGAUGCUAAAAUUGGUGAUCGUUGGCAACUACUUGACAGGGAUUUUGACGGGAAAGUAUCUCCUGAGGAGGUUGCUGGUGCAGCAAUGUACUUGAAGAAUACGUUAGGCAAGGAGGGUGUCCAGGAGCUCAUAAGCAGUCUUUCCAAAGAUAGAGAGGGGAAGAUUCUUGUGGAAGAUAUUGUCAAGUUGGGCAGUCGGACCGAAGAAACCAAGGGGAAGAUUCUUGUGGAAGAUAUUGUCAAGUUGGGCAGUCGGACCGAAGAAACCAACAUGGGUGAUCGACCAAUGUAG